GAAGCUCCUUUCGAGCAUUGAAACUCCAGACGCCAUCUUGCGCAGAAGGUAGUGUUAUGGCGUAGCCUUCUGUGUGUGUUAUCUCCACUGAGUUGAUUCUUUAUUGAGUGUGUUGUUUCUGAUUGCUGGAUUAACAAUCAAACAGAUAUCAGCCAAGAAAGAAGAUAGUACUUAAGUAUAAGUACUUUUUUCAUCACGUGAAGACAUGUGUGACUUGGAAUAGUGCUAGAAGAUGAAUUCUGUGGGAUAAAGGAGUUGGGGAGCGUCAUGAAUAGGACUGAUUUAGUUUAUGCUGAUGAAGUUUCAGACAGCUCUUCAAAUAGUGGAUUUUCUUCGGAGUCAUCAAGUUCAAGUUUCUGUUCUUCUGACAGCGAUACUGCCAGUACUCAAGAUCAAGAGUGGAGUACAAAUACCACUAGCUACUUCUCUGGGCAGCUGAGUGUGCCUACAAGAACAUGCUGCCAAAACAUAUCUUCAUUGUCCACCAGCAAGAAUGAGGCUGCAUUGCCCACUGCUCAUGGAGCCCCCAUGAGUGUUAGUGCUGAUAUCAGAAGGGAUACAGAAUUACUUGGCAGAUACCACACUUUUUCAGCUGUUCUCAAAGAUACUGACUUAAUCACAGAAACUCAUCUAUCUUUCCAGAAAGUCUUAGAUCAGUGCAUCAAAAAAGAAGGGUGGGAGAUUGGGGAGAAACUACACAGUGACUGAAGAAAAGGUCUUGACACCAGAAUACCUAAGAGGUCUAGACAUGAGCAGGACAGUACCAACUAAAGUAUAUCACAGCAGAUCCAGAGAUCAGCAAGUGCCAAUCUUAGAACAACCCAGAUCUUCUGUUUGUGAUGCAUGCCACGAUCCUCUAAACCCAGCCCAAAUUUUGAAAGAAGGGC